AAGAAGAAGAAAAGUAACAACAACAACAAAAACAACAAGAACAAGAACAAGAACAAGAAAAAAAGAAGAAACAAACAAAACAAAAAAAAAGAAAAGAAUAAAUAAAAAAAAAUUUAAACCAACAAGUGUACCAUAAACAAACGUACAACACAACAACAACAACAACAACAACAACAACAACAACAACAACAGCACCACCUCCACCACAACGAACCACCACAACAACAACAAAAGCAAAAUAAACAAAAACAAAACCCAAUAGGCGUGUACAGGUGCAGAACAGGAGCGGCACAGGAGCACCACCAUGACCCAGGUACUCAGAGUGAAGCUACAAGAGACAGGUACCCUUAUUCUGUACCACCAGGAGAACACAUCAGUCUGUACCGCGGACCCCGAGGCUGCUACUUACGUCAGAGAGUGGCAGGUGUAUCUUCAGAAGCAGGAACCAGGUCAGGUGAGGACACGAGAGGUCACAUGUCAGACGGUGCCCAAAUAUUACGUGGAUAAGGCGAACCAGAAGAGCGCCGUGAAGAGAAAGGACACGGGCAGCUGGGCGACUCAAUGGGAUAUGUUUGACGAGUAUGAGAAGCUGAAAAUGAAAGCGCGCCGUCCCUCCAGACAAAGUGACCUAUCCCAGCGCAGGCGUUCCCAGAUGAUCUCCCAGGUGUACACGGGUGACCUAACACCUUCUACUGCACGGACAGAGACGAACGACGAAGGAGGAGGAGAAGGGAGAGAGACAGGAGGUGGAGGGAGGGGGACACGUGGAGGUGGUGGAGGAGGAGUGCGGGGAGUGGAGGUGACGGGGCUGCUGCAGGCGCUGUGGUGGGUGGAGAGGCAACUGUCAUCCUCAGGCAACAUUAAACUUCUACAUGACUUCAUCAGCGGACACCAUCAAGUGAAGGAGCGUCGCAAGCUCAGUUUAUCGUGCAACAGAGCCAGUGCCAGGCUGCUGUGGCGGUACGCUGCUCAGGGCACUAGCGGCAGGAGAGUCAACGCCCUCACCUUCUGCAAGACGUCCCCGUGGCUGGUCCUGGCUACCCACGGCCCCCUCACCUUCACCACGCAGGCGGAGGGGCUGCUGGUGGGCUGGAAUGUCAAGAAAAUUAAACAACCCGAGCUGUGGAUCACCACGCCGCUGCCCGUCACAGUGGUCUGCUCGUGCCCGUCAGCGCCUCAGCUGUGUUGCGUGGCACUGCUGGACGGGACGCUGUUAGUCUAUCAGCUGGACACUCCUCAGCCUAAGCUUGUUCUAGACACCAGUGGCAGCGUGGACAAGCACGGGAUGCCAGUGUGGGCCGUGGAGUGGCGGGACUCUCAAGUGGUGAGCACCACAGCCACUAAGAAGACGCUCUCUCCUGCUGGGGAAGGUCCUCCCUCCUUCAGGAGACUCGUGAUUGAUCUGAAGACUCCGAACAUGCCCGGGUCUGAGAUCGCCUAUGUUCUCGUGUCUUCCUCCGAGGAUGGGACAGUGAAGGAGUGGAUCUUUAUCAAGGGAAAUCUGCUCUGCUGCACCACACUGCUCAAUGUUCACCUUCCCAUCUGGCUCUCCGUCAAGAUCUCCGGGGGCCUUUCUGGUCUCCUGGCGCGGCGCAGUGGGGAGGGCCUGGGGGGGCUUCCCAUUCCUCAGAGAGUCCCCGCUACCUCGCUACACUUUCGCCCAGGGGAUAAAACGACGUAUUUGGUGGGAACAGCGUCUGGGGAGGUGUUGCUGUGCCGUACCUUCGAGCGGGAGCGGGUGGGCGGGGUGUACGAGGGCCACUCAGCGCAGGUGACGCGGGUGGAGUGGCGUUAUGCAGGGGAAGACGCCAACUCGAUUUUCCUCUCUGCUGCUUUAGACGAUUCCAUCCGCGUGUGGUACAUUGACAAGGUGGCGCCCAUCGCUGUCCUCAGGCUGGUGGAGGAGGUGUCCGGCGGGUAUCUGGACGCGUGCUGGUGUCCCUGGUACGGCAACCUGAUCGCUGGCGUGCACGGGGAGGGCGUGCACCUGUGGGACAUCUCGCUCUCCACACACACCCCAAUCCUGUCCAAGCACGUCCCGGGAGCCACGUGUGUCGCCUUCAGUCCUCACACCAGGAACGUGAUGGUGGGGGACAGGGAGGGGCAGGUAAGCGUGUUUCACCUGGAGGGGCUGGAGCUCUCUGCUAACGUGUUUCUUCGCUACUCCACCAAGAUCUCCAAGCUGGCUAAGAUUGGUGUCAUCCCCGUGAACUGAGCCGAGACACAUCCACGACCCGCGAGUGCUUGGAAGGAGAAAAUUGUGGAAGGAAAGAAGCUCCCAGACAAAGCGGCAGCACACGCCACGCAGACAACGCACGCGUCUCUCUGCUUCCCUGGGACUCAACAUACUAAAGUGAUAUAUAUUGAUUACGUCUUUGAUUAACCUCUGUGUUUCUUGAUCUAUCGUUGGUUAUGCGAAACUAUUUAAUACAGUCUCUCUCUCUCUCUCUAGACCCAUACGCCCUUCAUUUUUAUUUUAUUUUAUUUAUUUUUUUAUUUGUCUUUUAUUUCCAGACAUACACCGGUGCUUCUGAUUCAUUCUUUAUUUAUUUUCUUAUUAUUUGAUUUAUUUCAUACAUAUUUUUCUCAUGUUUAAUACGCAUACGCCCUUCAUUUUGAUUUGAUUUGAUUUUUUUUUAUUUGUCUUUUAUUUCCAGACAUACACCGGUGCUUCUGAUUCAUUCUUUAUUUAUUUUCUUAUUAUUUAAUUUCAUUUAUAUAUAUUUUUCUCUCAUGUUCAGAUACACAUACACCCUCCAGUUUUUCGUCUCAUUCCCCGACUUUAUCACACCCAAUGGCUACAAAAUAAAAAGCCUAGAUUAACCCAACUUAUCCCCCAAUAGAAAACACUAAUGUCUGCAAUAUCAUCCUCUUCUCUUGUAAUUAUUUAUACAUUACAUAGCUCAAGUCCAGUAACACGUGACAGGUAAUAGAAACUGAGGUAAAGACUGCAACACACACACGUUAAGAUCUUCAGGAGUAUUGGUGCUGGAGGAUGAAGGGGCAGAGGAGGGGCUCGCACACACCACACCACGGGGCAGGGCACGGCAGGGGCUGAAGGCGAGAAGAGAAAAGCAAGGCAUGCAUCUUAACAUUACCCGUGUUUGCCGUGACGAAUUCUCAAGCUUGAAAUGUGCAGGUUUGGACAUAAAUUGUGAAAGA